AUGUCCUCUCCAACCGAACUCUAUCUCCCUCCCUCUCUCCCCUACCCCAUCAAGCUCGUCAAGCUCGCCGCACGCACCAACUCCGACGUCCAGCGCGGCACACGCCUCCUCGACUACUCGUUCACACACAGGGCCCCCGACGCUCCGCCCGAGCUCCGGUUCGGCACAUGGGACGCCUCCGUAGAAGGCACCCUCGCCAAAUGGAACUUCACCCAGGGCGACUCCAUCUCCGAGCGCCGCGCGCGCGAGUCCCCUGCCGUCCUCAUCCUCGAGCCCUGCAAGCAUGGCGUCCAACUCGGCGGCCUCUGCUGUCUCUGCGGCAAGGACAUGACCAGCUUUGACUACACCGGCUUCUCGGACGCGUCGCGUGCGUCCAUCCAGAUGACCCACCUUGCCAACGGGCCCCUCGUGUCCUUCGAAGAAGCACAGCGCAUCGAGCAGGAGACCGCACAGCACCUCUUUGGCUCCCGCAAGCUCUCGCUUAUUGUCGAUCUUGAUCAAACUAUCGUCCACGCUACCGUCGACCCCACCGUCGGAGAGUGGAUCGCGGAGGGGGAGGCGUGGGAAACGCGACAGGCCAGUAAGGCCGCGCGAACGGAGGAGGGCGAGAAGAAGGACGCUGCGGAUCCAGACAAGACGGUCUCAGACACAGAAGACGAGGUGAACCCGAACUGGGAGGCACUCAAGGACGUCAAGAAGUUCAGGCUCGGCCCCGAGGCGCUCGGACAACCGCAACGCAAGGGACGGGGAAAGGAGAAGCUGAUUGAACAGGAGGGAUGUAUGUACUACAUCAAGCCGCGCCCGGGAUUGCCGGAAUUCCUGGAGACGAUGGCGACGAAGUAUGAGAUGCACGUUUAUACGAUGGGUACGCGUGCAUAUGCCGAAGAAGUCUGUGCGGCCAUCGACCCUGGCGGGAAGAUAUUCGGAAACCGCAUCCUGAGCCGAGAUGAGAGCGGCAGCUUGACGCAGAAGAGUCUGCAACGGUUAUUCCCCUGCGACCAGUCCAUGGUAGUCAUUAUCGAUGAUCGCGCGGACGUAUGGGAAUGGAGCCCCAACUUGGUCAAAGUCAUCCCUUACGAUUUCUUUGUCGGGAUUGGUGACAUUAACUCGGCUUUCCUGCCCAAACUUGUACCUUUGACGCCGGCCGCCCCUCCUCCGCCUGUUACGGCCGUCGAAACUUCACCGGAGAUCGAGGCUGCGGUAGCAGACCCGGAUGCGGAGGAUGAGGAUGAGGACGACGAGGACCUCGAAUCAGACAUGGUGGAGUCGUCCGACAGCCAAGUUCCGCCUGUGGACGAAGAUACCCUCACAGACGUUCAGAAGAACGAGAUCCUUACGCGGAACACCGAAGCGCUGGAAGCUCAAGUCGAAGAGCGACCCCUUGCGAAGGCGCAAGAGGAGCUGCAGGAGACGGAGACCGCCGAGGAAGAUGCGGCCGCUGCAGCUGCCGCGGCACAACCUGCGGCGGAAGCAGUCGCUGCGACUAACGGCGGAGUUGCGCCGCCGGCCGCUGAGCACAAGCCGAAGGAGCGGCAUGUGCGCAAAGCGUUGCUCAAGAACGACGACGCGGAGCUCACGCGGGUGAAGCAGAUCUUGGAACUGGUGCACGAUCGCUUUUACUCGGCUUGGGAGAGGUACAAGUCGGAGGACGAGGGGAAACAUGGCAAGCGAAAACACGGCAAACGCACGGAGGCACAGCGCGAGUAUGAUGUCCGGACAAUCAUCCCGCGAAUACGAACGGAAACGUUGGAUGGAUGCCAUAUACUGUUCUCGAGUGUCAUUCCGCUUGACACACGGCCGGAAGCGACGGAGAUCUGGAAAACGGCACAUGCAUUCGGAGCUAAAUGCUAUACAGAACUUUCCCCUCGCAUAACGCACGUCGUCGCAGCAAAGCGCGGAACGCAGAAAGUCGAUGCUGCACGCCGCCGCGGGGGCAUCAAGAUCGUCUGGCUCGCAUGGUUCACAGACUCCGUCGCGCUCUGGCAUCGGCAGGACGAGGGCCCGUACCUGCUCGACCCAGAACCGCGGCCGGACACGGGGGGCGGCAGCGGCGACGCGCGGCUUGCGAGUCCUCCCUCGGAUCCUCAGCAGAUUAGUUCUGACCCGGAGCCGGACGCAGAUGACUGGGACGAGCUCGGGGCGGGCGCGGGGGGCGCAGGGGCUACGAAUGAGGAGGGGCUUGCACUAGAUGAGGUCGACUGGGACCAGAUCAACGACGAGGUGGAGGCGGCGAUGAACGAGAGCGACGACGAUGGGGAGGGCGACGGCGGGAGUGUCAAGAGCGGGUUCUCGGAGGACGAGGGCUCGAUGACAGACGAGUCGAACAGCGUGGUCAGGUGUAUCAGCAGCACGACGUCCACGCCGCGCAAGAAGCGGAAACGAUUACGCAGCAUCACGCCAUCUGAGGCAGGCUCCUUGAACGGCGCUGAUCCAGACGUCCUCCGUUCGCCGCUCGCGAAACGCAAGAAGCUCGCGGCGGACCGCUCGGGUGCAUCACGCCUCAAGGAGGCGUUCACCGCGGACCAGCUGGCUAAACCGGCAGACGACGACGAUGCGAGUGCGGACCAGAGCCGGCGCUCGAGCCCCGUCAACGGGUCUGCAGGGGAGGCGGGGGACUACGGCGAGGACUACGAGGGGAGCGAAGACGAGAUGGACGACGAGGACGACUUUCUCGCGCGCGAGCUGGAGGAAGAGUGGGGAUAG